CUGUGUGGAGUUUGCAUAUUCUCCUUGUGUCUGCGUGGGAGGAAUCCUUUUAAUAUAAUUGUUCUCAUACGCUUAGCGGGACAUUCAAUGAUAAAGCAGAGAGCUGCUGCCUUUGUACUUUCAACUUAAAUCUGUUGGACUACAAUCUGGUGUUGUAUGAUUUUUGACUUGGUUACUUGUGACAGGCCUCCUCCCACCCACACUUCAAUUUGUGCCACGUACGUAUCCUGCUCGAAAAAUUGCAUAGUAAAGGUGAGGGGCAUGGGUGCGGUAGCAGAGCUGGUCGAACAAGGCUCAUUGCAACAGUUGGUAGUACAGAAAGCACUGUUUCCGAGCUUAACAGCAAGUAAAGCACGCCUCUCGGAUGCAUCUGAUUUUAGCAAGGUUAAUAAUCGAACCUCUGGAGGAGUGGCAAUUUUUUAAUGUUGCUCACAAGAGUGACUCGAUGCGUAUUAAUUAUGCGCAGACGCUUGUGCCAGCGGCUGUCUUUGGCUCUUUCCGUGGCCAUCCUGCUAAGCUUUUACAAAUCUGUGCAAGACAUUCCUCAGGUCAUUCUUCCACAUUCUUUACAGAAAAGAAUCGGAGUCAGUAAAACGCCUCCGACCGUGACUGUGCUCAUCUGGUGGUAUCCAUUCGGUAAGAAAACCAAUAUCCGGGACUGUAAUACUCUGUUCAAGAUCAGCGGCUGUCGGUUAACAACAAAUCGGCAACUCUACCCCGUUUCGCAGGCUGUGAUCAUCCAUCAUCGAGAUUUAACAGGAAAUGGAAGCCAGCUCCCUGCAGAGCGGAGACCGUCUUUCCAGAGGUGGGUUUGGAUGAAUUUCGAGUCUCCCACUCACUCCUCAGGUCUAGAAAAACUUAAUGGCGUCUUUAACUGGACUGUGUCAUACAAACGAAACGCUGACAUCUUUAUUCCGUAUGGAUACCUCUAUCCCAAAAAGAGAGCAGGAAGGAGGGUAGUACUACCCGCCAAAAGUAAAUUGGUAGCUUGGGUCAUCAGCAACUGGAAUGAGGAGCAUGACCGGGUUAAAUAUUACCACCAACUCAGUCAAUAUGUUCACAUCGAUGUUUAUGGAAAAUAUCACAAUGAUCUACAGAAUAACAACGUUGUUCAGACUGUAUCACGUUAUAAAUUUUAUCUGGCUUUCGAAAAUUCGCAACACGUGGACUACAUAACUGAAAAGCUCUGGAGAAAUGCCCUAAUGUCUGCUGCCGUGCCGAUAGUUCUAGGGCCUAGCAGAGCCAAUUAUGAACAGUAUAUUCCACCUGAUUCUUUUAUCCAUGUAAAUGAUUUCUCGAAUCCUAAAAAGCUGGCUGAGUAUUUGUUAUUUUUGGAUAAAAAUGAAAGUCGCUAUCAGAAGUAUUUCGAUUGGAAAAGGUUAUACAGUGUGCAUCUGACAACUUUUUGGGAGGAGCCCUACUGCAAAGUAUGUCAGGCAGUCAAAAGUGCCAAGGCUAACUAUAAUACUAUCUCAAAUCUGGCCAGUUGGUUCCAAUGACUAAAGUAGUAGCCUCUAUAUUUCUACAAUAAGAAAAUCAAGAAAUGAAAGCAUUCUUCGUAAUUGACUGAUUUUCAUGUUAUAUAAUCUGCUGCUAAAUUGUGGAAUCUACAUUCAAUGACAGAACUAUACUUUCAGAUACAAUGUUAUGUGUGACAUUGCUGCAAGAACGAUGAUUUUAAAAACAAUAAUUUGAAAAUGGGGUGGCACAGUGGUUAGCACUGCUGCCUCACAGCAGGUUUCAUUCCAACCUCAGGCAACUGUGUAAAGUUUGCACAUUCUCCCUGUAUCUGCGUGGGUUUCCUCCGGGUGCUCUGGUUUCCUCCCACAAUCCAAAGACGUGCAGGUUAGGAGAUUUAGCCAUGCUAAAUUGCCCAUAGUGUUAGGUGCCUUAGUCAGAGAGAAAAUGUGUCUGGGUGAGUUACUCUUUGGAGGGUUGGUGUGGACUUGAUGGGUCGAAGGGCUUGUUUCCACACUUUAGGGAAUCUAAUCUAACCUAAUCAUGUUGCACUAUUUUUGCUCUAGCGAAUCACAAUUUGCGCAAAUAUUUCAUUGAAAUGGCAAAGAAGAUUUUGAAUUCUGAUUACUAAAACAAAACAUCUGCCAAAUGCAGCUGAGAUGAUCUACCAGUGUUGUUUACUGUGUACACUGUGAAGUAUAGGAUAGAAUGAACCAUCUCUAUUCUAAAGUUAACUCUAAGGAAAAUUUUUAGAGAAUAGUAUUUUCCCCUGCAUCUACCAUGAGUUUCCUAAUUUCUUUCAGUGUUUUGUUGUUGCUCACCCCUACUCCCAGGUAUUGUUUGGAACAGUCACUUUCAAUUACAUACUUGUCAUACAUAAACCAAGUAAAACUUGCAACAAGAGAAUAACAAGAAUAGCGCAAAAAAAGUCUUGAAGUUGAAGAUCAGCUAUGAUCUCCUUGAAUUGUAGGUUCAGCUCACCUACACUCUUCCAUUUCUUAUGUUCUUAGUUUAAUUUUGUUAAUGCAACUUAUUCAUUGGCAUUCUCAGGUGGUCGCUUGAAGAUGCCUUCAGAUUAACGUUUUACUUAGAAGAACUGUUUAUGAAUUGGAGUUUCAUACAGAUAAGAGUAUGUGAGUAGCAUACAGAUAGGACUUUGUUCAAAACAGCUAUCUUGCAGUAAUAAUGAUUUCAUCAAGCAGCUAUUUAAUGUGAAUGCAGUGCUUAUGCUAGAAUAAUGUUUGUAACUCAAGAACAGUUUGGCAAAUAAGUUUAAAAACAAAUACUUCAAUAAACGUCAGGAAAACAAUAUGGAAAGUUAAUUAUUGCUUUUUCAGUGUCCAUAAUCUGGAAAAAAGGAAAUGCUUCUGGACUGUAGUGUAUUCAGAUGAAUAAGUAGCAAACUUGCUGAGUUCUGAGGUUUUGAUGAUAGUGGGAUUUCAAGGAGCAAACAUAAAUAAUGGACAAAGUUAAAAAUCACACAACCCCAGAUUAACUUCAAACAGAUUUAUUUGGAAGUACUAGUUUUCAGAGUGCUGCUCCUUCAUCAGGAUCAUAAAAUACAGAAUUUUUAGCAAAAGAUCACAGUGUCAUGCAAUUAAAACAAAAUACACUGUGAUC